UGCAUCCAGACUGAGGUGUCUCUCAUGCUGCACUGUCAUCCAUUACAGGCUCUUGGAGAAAAUCAAAUUCAUGUAGAAAUUUCAGACAGGUUCAAUCGUCAGAGUUUUCCUGAAAUCGAGCAGCACAUUGAAGCUGUGUGGAGUGACCGCAUGACCAAAGAACCGUGGCUCUUCAAUGGAUCUAAAUUCAGAUUGCAUUCAGCGAUGCUCUCCGUCAUGGAAAAGGGACCAGUGGCAGAACAGGCCGCCCAAAACCUAACGCGCUCGCAAUUAGAAAGUGCUGAUAAAUCCUCAGGAAGAUUGGCAAAAGAUGAGCAGCUGACAUUACAGUUAGGCCUGACCUGUUAUAAAGACUAUCUGGGGACUAACUGGUCACGAGAGGCGGGGAAGCUGCAGAGUCACGGACAGAACGAAUGCGCAGAUCCGCAGGCCUUCCUCGCUCAGCCGCUGGGGGUCGGUGCUGUCGUGGCCACGGCUGACGGAGACGUCGUCCUGCUGAGGAGAAGCCAGAAAGUGGCAGAGGCUGCAGGCCUGUUAGACAUACCUGGAGGUCAUCCUGAGCCAAAGGUCAGAGACACUGAGAGCUGCUCAUUCCUGUUCAAUCGUCAGAGUUUUCCUGAAAUCGAGCAGCACAUUGAAGCUGUGUGGAGUGACCGCAUGACCAAAGAACCGUGGCUCUUCAAUGGAUCUAAAUUCAGAUUGCAUUCAGCGAUGCUCUCCGUCAUGGAAAAGGGACCAGUGGCAGAACAGGCCGCCCAAAACCUAACGCGCUCGCAAUUAGAAAGUGCUGAUAAAUCCUCAGGAAGAUUGGCAAAAGAUGAGCAGCUGACAUUACAGUUAGGCCUGACCUGUUAUAAAGACUAUCUGGGGACUAACUGGUCACGAGAGGCGGGGAAGCUGCAGAGUCACGGACAGAACGAAUGCGCAGAUCCGCAGGCCUUCCUCGCUCAGCCGCUGGGGGUCGGUGCUGUCGUGGCCACGGCUGACGGAGACGUCGUCCUGCUGAGGAGAAGCCAGAAAGUGGCAGAGGCUGCAGGCCUGUUAGACAUACCUGGAGGUCAUCCUGAGCCAAAGAUUUAA